GGCGGAAGUCCCCGGAUCGAGGCGCCGCCAUCUUUGCCGCCCGGACGCCGAGCGAGAGGCUGAGACGGUCGGAGACCCCCAUCCGCUUCCAUCCGCCGCCGAAAUGGACGAUCGGGAGGAUCUGGUGUAUCAGGCGAAGCUGGCCGAGCAGGCCGAGCGAUACGACGAAAUGGUGGAGUCAAUGAAGAAAGUAGCAGGAAUGGACGUGGAGUUGACAGUUGAAGAAAGAAACUUACUGUCAGUGGCGUAUAAAAAUGUGAUUGGAGCCAGAAGAGCUUCUUGGAGAAUAAUCAGCAGCAUUGAACAGAAAGAAGAAAACAAGGGAGGUGAAGACAAACUAAAAAUGAUCCGAGAAUACCGACAAAUGGUUGAAACUGAACUGAAAUUAAUCUGCUGCGACAUUCUGGACGUACUGGACAAACACCUCAUUCCAGCAGCUAACACUGGCGAGUCCAAGGUUUUCUAUUAUAAAAUGAAAGGGGACUACCACAGGUAUCUGGCCGAAUUUGCCACAGGAAAUGACAGGAAGGAAGCCGCAGAGAACAGCCUAGUGGCUUACAAAGCUGCCAGUGAUAUUGCAAUGACAGAACUUCCGCCAACGCACCCCAUCCGUUUAGGUCUUGCUCUCAACUUUUCCGUAUUCUACUAUGAAAUUCUUAAUUCCCCUGACCGUGCCUGCAGGUUGGCAAAAGCAGCUUUCGAUGAUGCGAUUGCAGAACUGGAUACGCUGAGUGAAGAAAGUUAUAAGGACUCUACACUUAUCAUGCAGUUGUUACGUGAUAACCUGACACUAUGGACUUCAGACAUGCAGGGUGAUGGUGAAGAACAGAAUAAAGAAGCGCUGCAGGAUGUGGAAGAUGAAAACCAGUGAGACAUCAAAGCCAACGAGAAUCCAUCUCUGCCCACCCCUAUCCCCUCCCCACCCCCGACCCCUGCCCCACAAAUUCCCCAUUGUCACUGAGAACCACCAAAUCUGACUUUUACAUUUGGUCUCAGAAUUUAGGUUCCUGCCCUGUUGGGGUUUUUUUUUUGUUUUUUUGUUUUUUUGUUUUUUUGUUUCGUUUUGGUUCUUUUUUUGGUUUUGUUUUUGGUUUUGGUUUUUUUUUUUGGUUUUUUGUUUUGUUUCCUUUAUUCUUUUUCUUUUGGGUUUUUUUUUUUAAAAAACAGUUUUAAAAGUUCUUAAAGGCAAGAGUGAAUUUCUGUGGAUUUUACUGGUCCCAGCUUUUAGGUUCUUUAAGACACUAACAGGACUGCAUAGGCUUUUUCAGCAUUACUGUGUUGUCUCCAUGCCAGACGUGGCAAGGUAACCAUUAGACAUGAAUAUUACAUUCGAAAGCCAUUAGACUUCUAGGUAAAGUGUCUAGGAGAGAGGUUUAUCGCACUGUAGGGCGCAUGUGGUGGCAUUUUUCCUUUUUAUAAUUGUUUAAACCGAAUUUUAUACCAAUGUUUAAAAUUAAUUGGGUGUUUAGCUUGAAGUUACAGGUUGCGUUGGAACGUUUAUUGUAGUGGUUUUGCUGUAAAAAGUGUUUCCAAACUGUGCUGAAAUGUUGCUGAAAAAAAAAAGCAUGGUGCUGGUAACAGUUCAACAAUCCGUGGCUGCUCAUUCUUGCCUACUUUUACUUUCCCUCAAAGCAGGUUAGCAUUGAAGGUGGUAUUGAAGAGCCUGCAUGCGUGUUCAAUUCUUUGUUUUUUCUCCUCCCUCUUCCCCGCCCCCUUCUCUCCCCUCCUCCCCCCUUCGCUCGCUCAACCUCUUUUGUUCAGUAUGUGUAACUUGAAGCUAAUUUGUACUACUGGAUAUCUGACUGGAGCCACAGAUACAGAAUCUGUAUUGUUCUUACUGAAACACAGCAUGAAUUAACAUUAAACUUAAAUAAAACAAACCUAAAUUAAAAAUGCCAAAUAUCAUUGCGACUCCAUCCUUUAUACUUCUAAAAUAAAGUCUCUAGCCUAAACGAUCAUAGCCGUAUUGUGUUUGCAUGUAUUCUGAGAAACCCAGAUGUAAGGUGCUUUGAGUCGAAAGGAGGGUCAAAGAUGUAACUCUUCCCGUCUCCUGCACGUGGCUUCACGAUACACAUUCGGAGCCGCACCUCUGGCCGGCGGCCCGCCCGUAUUCGCCAAGGAGCCCAGGCUGCCGCCCGACUACCGGCCCGCGGACCAACGGCAAAGGGUGCCGGGACAGCACGGUGCACGAACGUCACGUCGGGGAGGCUUGCGUCCCGUUGGGGCUCAGACAGGUGAGAGGUCAGUCUGAAAGGCCGCAAGUCCCUCCCCCCGACCCCGAAAGGUGACGGUGGCCCGCCUGACACGAAGCCCCGGCCUCAUUCCUCUCGCUUCGGGUGUUGAAGGAACAAAAACUGUAAUAUAGAUUUAAUUCUGUGUCGAAUUGCAAGGUUAAAGAAAGACGCGCCAAGAAGCCUCCGUUGUGAUGUCCAGAUGGUUUGAAUUCCUUGGGACCGGUGGCAGCGCCGGGUUCAGAAAUGGUUUCCAGCCAUCUGGGCGGCCACCAGGCGAAGAUCUCCGGGAUUCUGAAGAGCCUCGCUUGGACUUGCACGUUCCCAAGGGACGAUGGACUCCUCUCCUCAGAGGGAAUCUGGUGGAACUAGCACCCAAGUAACCUCACUGCCCACAGGGAAUAAGGCCCUCCAAAGAAGAGUCUGCUUCGAACCGACUCUGUGGAGCCCCGAGAAAGCUUGAGUCUCCAGAGCGGCCACAGUCACCGGAGGAACUUGAAAGCUGGUGGACAGAUGGAUGGCAUUGCAGACCUCUGGGGAGGCUCCUCUGAUGACUGGCGGGCGAGGAAGCUAAUGGGUUUCAGUGGCAGAGUCCGAAAAGGAAUUUUCUGGAAGAAUCCCCUCUGCGGAUUUUGCUUGUUUAAGAUCAUGUAUCUGGAGUGGUUGAACUCGGUAUAAAAUUAAAAGUCAAUGUUCUCGAGAGUGAUGGUGA